CUUCUUCUUUCUUUAUUAUCAAGUGAACCUCUCUCUUUUACCAUCUUUGGCAGCCACCAAAGGAUGACCACAUCUGUCUUCUUAGAUACCUUACGUCAACAUGACCUGGAACAAUUUUACCCAACAUUUUCAACUCAUGGUAUUAACCAUUUACAAAGUUUAGCUCAGUUAUCUGUACAAGAUUAUGCUCAACUUGGUAUUACGGAUAUUGCUGAUCGGAGAAAGAUAUUUGGUUUGAUACAACUAUUACGAAAAGACCCAAAUCCGAGACUCAAUACUGCUAGUAUGGUCACUUCAGCUUCAACAAUGACAACUGGACUACGUCGACCUCAGUCUUACAAUACAACGUCCAGACCAACUAUUGUUACAAACAACCAUGGAAACAAUACUAUGGAUAGUUCAACAGUGACAUCUCCUUUAUCACCUUUGUAUAGCAAUAACAACAGCAACAAUACCAGUCGACUUCCUCAACCCAACAGUACUUCUCCUUUGGAUACCAACAGUGGCAAUAAUAUUGCCUCUUCACGAAUCUCACGUCAUAGAAGACCAAGUGUUAUCAACAACAAUCCUACACCCAACAAAAGUACUCUUCCUUUACCUAGUAACACAAAUCUCAAUAGCAACAUAUCCCCUAGACCUAUUCGUCAACGAACCAUGUCUGAUGCCAGUCGAUUGGAUAUGUCUUGUUUACCUUCGCGACCAACUGGUAUAGCUACUCGGGAUCAUCGUCAACGUGCUGAUUUACGACGUUCGCUUUAUUUGGAUCAGGAUGAUUCUGUCAAAUCUAUCUUGUCAGGACUCAACAACAGUAGUGAUGACGAUGAUGAUGAUGAAGAGGACAAUGCAAGACGAUACCGUACAUCUGCUCCUUUACUCAAUGCUUAUGGUAUGCCAACAAUGAAAUCUAGAGCGAGUAUGGGUGCUCUCAAAUAUUCUUCUACCAGUAGUCCUUCCACUCCGACAAAUACAACAAUGAAUUCAUCAUCAUCAGCAGCAGCAGCAUCAUCAACUUCAGCAAAUGCUUCAUUCUUAGCUCUUCCAGCAAGCGACCUAUAUCAGAAAAUUCGUGUUUGUGUACGUAAACGACCUUUGAAUCGCAAAGAAUUGGAAAAGGGUGAAAAGGAUAUCUCACCUUGUAUUGGAACACGAAGUCUUCAUAUUAAUGAACCAAAAUUACGUUUGGAUAUGUCUCGGUACAUUGAACAACAUUCAUUCACUUUUGAUGAUGUUUUUGAUUUAGAUACUUCCAACUCCAAAGUUUAUGAAAGAACAGCCUUGCCCUUGGUGAAAUAUAUAUUUGAAGGUGGAAAAGCUACUUGUUUUGCAUAUGGACAAACUGGGUCUGGGAAAACAUUUACAAUGUUGGAUCCAAAGCAUGGACUUUAUAUUAUGGCUGCGAAGGAUAUCUUUUCAAUACUACGAAAACCAGAAAACCAACAUUUGUCUGCAUGGAUUGGACUCUACGAAAUUUAUCAGGGUCAACUUUAUGAUUUGUUGAAUAAUCGUAAAAAGUUGUUUGCUCGUGAAGAUGGGAAACAAAACGUGAUCAUUUCUGGUCUAAAGGAAUACCCAAUUGACAAUGUGGACAAGUUGAUUCAAGUGUUUGAUUAUGGAAAUCAAGUUCGUAGUACUGGAUCCACUGGUGCAAACGAUAGUUCAUCUCGAUCUCAUGCUGUUUUACAGGUCCUUUUAAAACCAAAGAAAAACAAGAAGAAAAUCCAUGGAAAACUUAGUUUUAUUGAUUUAGCUGGUUCUGAACGUGGUGCUGAUCGUGGUGAGGCAGAUACAAAAACAAGAAUGGAAGGUGCUGAAAUCAACAAAAGUUUACUGGCUCUCAAAGAAUGUAUUCGUGCAUUGGAUCAAGAUAAACGUCAUACUCCAUUCCGACAAAGCAAACUCACUCAGGUACUUAAGGACUCGUUUGUUGGUAAUUCUCGUACAUGUAUGAUUGCAACGAUUUCUCCAAGUGGUGGCAACAGUGAACAUACCUUGAACACUUUACGUUAUGCUGAUAGAGUCAAGGAAUUGAAAGGUGAAAGAGAGAGACGAGCUACCAUGGAACGUAGUGGAAGUAGUGGAUCCAAUGGUGCGACUGAUAUGGACCGAUCUUUGAACUAUGAUGAUGAUGACGAUGAAGACGAAAACUACACACAUGAUGAUUACUUUGGAGAUGGAGAUAGUCAAGAAGACUCUGAUAUACUCGACGAAGAUACCUAUAAUGUGGGUGAAGAAAAUAUCUUUGAUGUGGACUUCCCUCAUGAACAAGACGAAUUGAUACGAUCCAAUGCUUUUGCAACAGCGACUCAGAAGCCUAUACCUCAAUAUACACUACCGGCACCAACGAUGCCACCUUCUUACACCAUGCGUCGAGAUUCUUCUUCUUCUGUCUCAAGAUAUAAUAAACAAGAUGAAGCAAAUGAAACUCCUUCACCCACUGGUACAAAGCCUGAACGUUGGUCCCAACCAUCCAUUUUACCACCAAAACCAUACAGCAGCACAAAUCCCAAAUUCAUGAGUCGAUCCUCUUCUGGUAUGGUAUUGGGAGAUGGUGGAUCAUCAACUACAAGUACUAUACAAAGAUCACCCUCAUUGACUAUGGACCCUUAUGAUACCGCACCACCAUCACCUCAACAACAACAACAACAACAACAACAACGGCGUAUGCCAGUAUCACCUACUAGUAUUACCACACCAACAAGCAGUACACGGUUCUCAUUUUCAUCAUCAAGUAGUGCAGCUCAACCAACAUCUACCGGCGGCAAUGGAACAGCUGCUUUACAAUUAGAUUAUAAGGAUAUGGAAGACUUUGUCAAGCUACAUCGGGCAGAAAUACGUUCAGUAACAGAAUAUACCAAGCGGGAAAGCAAGCUAGUGGCAACCAUGUCUUUACAACUCUCUUCCAAUCAGGAUACAAGUGAUGAUGACAAUAAGGACAAUCAACAUGAUGAUGAGACUGGUGGCAAUGGAAAAAAGCUUCGUGAUUUGACAGGACAAUCGAAUCAACAAUUCCGUUCGUAUCUCUACUCUUUGGAUGAACUUUUGGAAGAAAAAAUGGCAUCCAUUGCUGCUCUGCGGGAUAGAAUCAAUGAUACCAUGACAAUGAUGGAUGCAUGAAGGUCAUUUUCUUUUUUUUAUUUUGUUUUUAUUUAUCCUCUCUUUUUUUUUUUU